AUGGCGGCAGACCUUGAUAAGUUUCAAGAGCUUUUAAACACACUCCUUAGCACGGAUAAUGAUGCCAGAACGCAAGCGGAGGAUGCAUACAAUAAUCUUCCUGUGGAUAGCAAGGUGACAUUCCUUCUAUCAUGCUUGUGCAAUACCAGCCUUUCAGAAGAAAUGCGAGCCAUGGCUGCUGUCUUAUUACGUCGACUCUUUUCUUCUGAAUUUAUGGAUUUCUACCCCAAAAUUCCACCGCAAGCACAAGCUCAGUUGAAGGAACGAAUUCUGUUGUCUGUUCAAAAUGAACAAACGCAAGUUAUUCGACGGAAGGUUUGCGAGGUUGCUGCUGAAGUUGCACGAAAUUUAAUUGACGAAGAUGGUAAUAAUCAGUGGCCAGAAUUUCUGCAGUUCCUAUUUCAAUGUGCGAACAGUCCUAUACCAGCACUGAAAGAAAGUGCUCUUCAAAUGUUCACGUCCGUCCCAGGAGUAUUUGGAAAUCAACAAGCAAAUUAUCUUGAUCUUAUCAAGCAAAUGUUGCAACAAUCUGUCAUGGAUUCUGCAAAUUAUGAGGUCAGAUUUCAAGCAGUAAGAGCAAUCGGAGCUUUUAUUAUUUUGCACGACAAAGAAGAGAAUAUACAAGUACAUUUUUCAGAAUUAUUACCAGCAAUUGUUCGAGUGAUUGCUGAAUCAGUAGAGAAACAAGGCGACGAUGCUCUCUUGAAACUGUUGAUUGAUUUAGCAGAAUCAACACCAAAAUUUUUGAGAAUGCAAUUAGAUACAAUAAUGGAUAUGUGUAUGAAAAUAUUUUCUAACGAAGAUAUGGUCGAUUCUUGGAGACAAUUAGCGCUUGAAGUAUUAGUAACGCUGGCAGAGACUGCUCCUGCGAUGGUACGUAAAGUUGGCGGAAAGUACAUCGUGUCUCUCGUACCAGCAGUACUAAAGAUGAUGACAGACAUUGAAGAGGAUGAGAAAUGGAGUUUCUCUGACGAGAUUGUUGACGAUGACAAUGACAGUAAUAACGUCGUUGCCGAAAGCGCUUUAGAUCGACUAGCAUGUGGUUUAGGUGGCAAAACUAUGUUGCCACAGAUUGUACAAAACAUUCCUUCAAUGUUGAAUAAUACUGAUUGGAAAUACAGGCAUGCGGCUCUAAUGGCAAUAUCAGCUGUUGGUGAAGGUUGCCAUAAACAAAUGGAAGCAAUAUUACCUCAAAUUAUGGAUGGAGUUAUACAAUAUUUACAAGAUCCUCAUCCCCGUGUAAGAUACGCAGCUUGCAAUGCAGUUGGACAAAUGUCAACCGAUUUUGCACCCAUUUUCGAAAAGAAAUUUCACGACAAAGUCAUACCUGGAUUGUUGAUGGUUUUGGAUGACAACGCAAACCCAAGGGUACAGGCUCACGCCGGUGCAGCGCUCGUAAACUUUAGUGAAGAUUGCCCAAAAAAUAUAUUAACGCCGUAUCUGGACGCAAUUAUGGCUAAAUUAGAAUCGAUACUUACUGCCAAAUUUCAAGAAUUGGUUGAGAAAGGCACUAAACUUGUACUUGAACAAGUCGUUACAACUAUCGCAUCAGUUGCUGACACAUGCGAAGAACAGUUUGUAACAUAUUAUGAUAGAUUAAUGCCAUGUUUAAAAUACAUUAUUCAGAAUGCUACGCAGCAAGAACACAAAAUGUUACGUGGUAAAACAAUUGAAUGCGUCAGUCUUAUAGGCCUUGCAGUAGGACCUGACAAGUUCAUUGCAGAUGCUAGUGAAGUUAUGGACAUGUUACUAAAAACUCAUACAGAAGGAGAUCUUCCGGAUGACGAUCCGCAAACAAGUUAUCUCAUUUCUGCAUGGACGCGAAUUUGCAAAAUUCUCGGUAAACAGUUCGAGCAAUAUUUGCCACUGGUUAUGGGUCCAGUUUUACGCACAGCAGCUAUGAAACCUGAAGUUGCGUUACUCGAUAACGAAGACAUGGAAGGUGUAGAAGAUGUUGACUGGGAAUUCAUUUCUCUUGGCGAACAACAAAAUUUCGGAAUCAAAACGGCUGGUUUAGAAGAUAAAGCUUCCGCCUGUGAAAUGUUAGUCUGUUAUGCACGCGAAUUGAAGGACGGCUUCGCUGACUAUGCAGAAGAAGUGGUACGGCUAAUGGUUCCUAUGUUGAAAUUUUAUUUCCACGAUGGUGUCAGAACAGCUGCUGCUGCGAGUUUGCCAUAUCUUUUAGAUUGUGCAAAAAUAAAAGGUUCACAAUACGUUGAAGGCAUGUGGGCGUACAUAUAUCCUGAUCUGUUAAAAGCAAUUGACACAGAGCCAGAAUCUGAAGUUCUGUUAGAAUUGUUGUACUCGUUAGCUAAGUGUAUCGAAACUCUCGGUGCUGGUUGUUUAGGAGCAGAACCUAUGGCUGAAUUGUUACGUAUAUUAGAUAAGUUACUUAAUAAACACUUUGAAAGGGCGGUAGCUCGACUGGAACGACGUGAAGACGAAGAUUAUGAUGAAGUUGUUGAAGAGCAGCUAGCUGACGAGGACAAUGAAGAUGUAUAUACUUUGAGUAAAAUAGCAGAUAUUUUACACGCUUUAUUUAUCACUCACAAAUCUUCAUUCUUCCCUUACUUUGAUCAAAUUUGCGGACAUUUUGUUAAAUUAUUAAGUCCGGAGAGACCCUGGUCGGACCAUCAAUGGGCUCUAUGUGUCUUCGAUGACGUGAUAGAAUACGGUGGACCUGAAUGUGCAAAAUAUCAAGAAUACUUUUUACGGCCAAUGAUACAAUAUGUAUCAGAUAAAUCUGCAGAAGUUCGACAAGCAGCGGCUUACGGUUGCGGGGUCUUAGGACAGCAUGGAGGAGAAGCGUUUGCUCAAGCAUGUGCCGAAGCUUUACCAAGGUUAAUGGAAGUUAUAAAUGAUCCAGAAUCUAGAGCGCCUGAGAAUGUGAAUCCUACCGAAAAUGCCAUUUCCGCAGUAACAAAAAUUCUUAAAUAUAACAGUAAAGGAAUCAAUGUUGACGAAAUCCUUCCUCAUUGGCUCUCUUGGCUACCAGUAGUAGAAGACGAUGACGAAGCACCCUAUGUUUAUGGAUACUUGUGUGAUUUGAUUGAAGCAAACCAUAUAGCAGUGUUAGGACCAAAUAAUGCAAACCUACCUCGGUUAAUAAGUUUCUUCGCAGAAGCACUUUACAAAGAUGCAGUUCCCACAGAUAAUCCCGUUAUGGCUAGAAUUCUUAACAUCGUUAGACAAAUACAGAACAACGAGACUAUGUUCCAGGCAUGCAUAAAUGCGCUAACAGCAGAUCAACAACAAGCAUUGCAUGAAGCACUUCGUGCACAGCCUACUAAUUAGCCAUUUUUAUCUCUAAAAUUUAACAUUUUAAUAUAAAACAAAAAAAAUCACAUUUCUUUUUAAUAAAUCCUGUGGAAAAUCAGAUUUUAGGUAGCUACAAUACACCUACGGUACAUUCGCCGCGCCAGCCUAAUUACGAAGAGAGACGACUGUAUGUAACUAUUUCACAUAACUCAUAUAUAUUUGUUAAUUGUAUUUCAUUAGAUGCAAUAGUUAUUAUUAUUAUUUGGAAUUGUUGCAAAUUAUAUAGAUAAAACACAUGCUUAUCACUUUGAUGGAGUGUGAUAUGUUACAAAUAACAAUUUUAGUAAUAUCGAAUUAAUUAAAUCAUGCAAGUGAGUUCGCAUUGAUGAAACUUUGAUUUACGAUUCAUUAUUUUCGUUUUAUUCCUAACGAUAAUACGAUAAAGCAAUGUACAUACAUAAAUCGGCUUUUAACAUAACAAAAUUAGAACGGAACUACAUUUCCCGUUAUUGCGUGCCGAACAAUGCGAGAUUCUUUGUUCUUUUCUGAAUGUAGCUUUGUAAAUUGCAUAACAUUUGUAAACAUUAAUUGUAGCUCUAUCCUGCAGUCAUUGAACAACUUGUUUUGUCACUGCGAUCUCUUCGUCCUAAUUGUACGCAUUCUGAAACUACUUUUUGGCAGAAUAAGAAACUGCGGAAAAUAGACUGGGGAAAAUGUCAGUCCAUUGCUAUCAUAUCAGAUGAUAGCAUAACAGAUUGUGAUUUAGGUAUUUUUAUUAUUAAAUUUAGAUUCAGUAAAUGUUAUUUAAUGAUUAUAUCGAUAAUAUUACAGCGUUGAAGCUA